AGCGUCCCUCUUCCAACACGAAUAUCCCCCCUCUAGGAUCCUUACUGUGUACCUAGCGACAAGCAAUAUGAUGUAAUUCCACGUGCUGUAGCACCAGUGUUAGAUUGGUUAUAUCUUCCACGAAUGUAUUUCCUAAAACUUAGUUCCCGAAUAACUUGUAUAUUGCUCACAUAGGCUUAAUUCCGGGUGUUUGAAGGAAUAGGACUGACCAGUGUUUGGUGAAGUUUUUUUUUCCUGUACCCUGUCUUGCAGAUUUUUCCCUCAACGGUGCGUGCUAUCACACAGGCUCUUCCCUUUUCUAUGUAUCAAUCCACUCAGCGUUAUUGUGGGGAAACUUCUUUUGGGAAGUGCUGGGACUAUUUUCAAACAACUUUGCAGAAAACCGUUUUUGCACAUAUUGCAUGGCUCAUUCUCAUAUGAUAAUCAAUAAAUGUACAUUACUAUUUGGUCGAGACAUCUCAUCUGACAGCAUAUAAGAUAUCAGAAAGACUGGAGUUGUUCAGCUUUUUCGAGCUAUCCGCGGAAGGAUUUUGUUCGACAGCGGAGGUCAACGCUUCCGCCCAGUUUUUAGAUAGGCUAUGCAUUGGCCGAGUUGAAAAUGGAGUUCGUGUGAGAUAGAUGCUCAGAACUUCCAAUUAGGAAAUAUCCUAUGUCUGUUCUCGUGAUCACGUUUGCUGUGUAGGAAAGGAUAUAGGAUACUUGUCCGAAUACUUCACGUUCUCUGGAAGCCUCGUCAGGACAGUUACUGAAAUAUUGUCGGAGAAACGCUGCUGCCUUUUUCAAGUGUUGUCCCUAAGAAGUUGCAGAGGGAAUAGCUCGAUGGCUAGCUGGAACACGAAUUACGAGCCUGAUGUCGAAUUGCAUCUGCAUUUGUAACCGAUUGACCGUAUUGGAAUUUGGUUAUCGCCGUGGCAGAGGACAAUGCUGAAAAUGGUUAUUUCAUUGCAGUCGGAUUUUACUUCUGUGGAGCAUACAAUGAAUCAGCGGUUGCCUUUCCCGUUCUAAUUUCAGUUCUUCGCUUUCCUCUGAGAGCUAAACGGCAUGCAUCAUUGUAGACCCUUUAUUUAUAUCGAAUAAGUGGCUUUUUCUUCGAACGAAAAUGGUUAUUUUUGCGGUUAAUUUCUCCGCCGUGACUGCGUCGUCGAUGCUAUUUCCAGUAUUUGGAUCCCCGUGAGAAAAAAAUGAGCGAAGAAUCGACAAAUCCAAAUGAUGACAGUUACGCGCGUGUGAGAGCAGUGGUGAUGACACGGGACGACUCCAGCGGAGGGUGGCUCCCCCUGGGGGGCGGAGGCUUGAGCUGCGUCACCGUCCACCGAGUCAAUCGGCCCGACGACAGCAGCAGCAGCAGUGGCGGCAACGGGAGUAAUGGUGGCAACGGCGGUGGCGGCGGGGCCGACUUCCUCAUCCAGGGGGAGCGGCUCAAAGACAAAUCGGUCGUACUGGAGUGUAACAUCAAGAGGGAUUUGGUCUACAACAAAGUCAAUCCCAUAUUCCACCACUGGAGGAUCGACAACAAAAAGUUUGGCCUGACCUUUCAGAGUCCGGCUGAUGCACGGGCCUUCGAUAGGGGGAUACGCAGAGCACUGGAAGACAUUAAGCAAGGUUGUCCAGUGUACAGCGACUCAGACACUCCUGAAGACGGACUGCAGGUGCCCACAGAGCCCCCCUCCGUCUGCAGCCCCAUGAAGGAGCCCUUCUCGCCCCACGGAGCCAUGCUGCCCAACGAGUUCCGCAGCUGCUACGUGCGUGCCCAGCCCUUUGACGAAUUCCCCACCUCCCACCGCCGCUACCUGCCACCCCAGGUCUCCUUCAGCUCCCAGCGCCAUGUCACCUUCCACACAGACGAGGAGGAGAUUGUGCGCAUCAACCCCCGCAAGGACGUGUUGAUCCGGGGCUACGAGGACUACCGCCACCCGGUGGUGUGGAGGCAGGAGGCAGAGCGUGACGAGCACAACUCCAAGCCCUGCCCCUACCUGUACCCCGAGGGCUCUCUGGGGGGUGGCUUGGGGGUUGUCGGCAGCAUCGGCAGUGGCCACGGCCACAAAGAACCGGUGAAAACCCAGCAGCCGUCGCCACUGCUCAAGGGCAAGGCGUCGCGGCGGCGGCGGGAAGAAGGCGAGCGCUCACGCUGCCUGUACUGCCGCGAGAUGUUCAACCGGCAGGACAACCGGCGCGGCCAGUGCCCGGACGCGCCCGAUCCCAUUCGGCAAUGCAUCCACCGCGUCAGCUGCAUGCUCUGCGCCGAGAGCCUGCUCUACCACUGCAUGUCCGACUCGGAGGGCGACUUCUCAGACCCUUGCUCAUGUGACACGUCCGACGAGCAGUUCUGCCUGCGCUGGGCGGCACUGCUGGCGCUCUCACUGGUGGCGCCGUGCAUGUGCUGCUACCUGCCGCUGCGCCUGUGCCACCACUGCGGCGAGGCGUGCCACUGCUGCGGCGGCAAGCACAAGGCAGCCGGCUGAGCGGCAACUCCUCGCCACCCCCGCGGAAGUCGCCCCAUGACCACCUUUGGAAAAAAAUAACAACCGCAACCACAGAGGAUUUUUGUUUUUUGGAAUUUAGGAAAACAAAAAAACAAA